CUAUUUUUAGAUGAGAAGAGGAGAUGCUAUUAUACAAUUUUCUGACAUAGAGUGGAGCGGUUAUUGAUGGAAGAAAGGAUAUGCCAAGAAAAAUGUGUGGACGGAUUAUGAAAAUAUCUGGGUGUAUUGUCCUGGUUGCUAUAGCAACUACUGUCACAGUAUUGAUGGGGCCGACAAAGACUGAAUACGCCGCCGUUGUACGCCAAAUUGAUGGUUCAUACUUGAAAUAUUCCGGAUCAAACAAAUUCAACGUUACCAUGGAAACGACGGGUCACCACAAGUUACAAAUUUCUACAUUCGAAAGAUCUGAAACACGCGUAAAAACAUAUCCAGAUAAUACAAAUAAUCAACAACAACAACGGAAACAGGAAGUGCGUCAUAUAGGAUUCUUGAAAGUUCACAAAGCAGCAAGUUCUACCAUGCAGAAUAUGUUUUUCCGGUUUGGACUAAAACGCAAUUUAACGUAUGUAUUUACAGUACAUCCGAAUUACUUUUCUAGAACGGCUCAAAGGCACUUGCCAUUAGUGAAACCUCGAUAUAGAAAAGGAUAUGAUAUCAUUUGUAACCAUGGUGUUUUCAAUUAUGAUAUUUAUUCCUCUCUUCUCCCUAAAGAUACCGUUUACCUGGCUAUUGUUAGGGACCCUCUUGCAGUGUUUAUUUCAGCCGUUAACUAUUACUCUCAGAAAUCGCAACAAAUUUAUUACAUUGCACGAAUUAGAGGAAACAGGCUACAGAAACUUAUUCAGAAACCGGAAGUGUAUGAUAGGGAAUUCUUCUCAUAUACCAAAAACGUGAUGGCACGAGACUUUGGGUUUCCGGAAACUAACGAUCAAAGCCGAAUAGAAGCGAAGCUAAAAGAAUUAGAUCAAGUAUUCAAGCUAGUUCUACUGGUUGAACAUAUUGAAGAGUCACUUAUAUUGAUGAAACGGUAUUUGAACUGGAAACUGAAGGACAUCUUGUUUCUAUCAAAUAAUGUUUAUGGAAAGGGACAAACAGGGGCAGAUCUUACAUUAGCUGAUACAGAAAAGUUCAAAAUACGAAAUAAGCUCGAUUACGCUGUAUACAAUUUUUUCUACAAAAAAUUCUGGGAUCAGUAUAAUUCGGAAACAGAUGACAUUAACUCAGAAGUAAAACAUUUUAAGAGUGUUCUAUUUGAUUUGAAUACCUUUUGCAAUAAUAAAGCACAUGAAAACGAUGGCAGCGUGCUGACAGUGAAUGAAUCGAAAUGGACGGAACAAUUUACUGUGAUAUUUGAAGACUGUAAAUAUAUGAACAAGGAUGAGCUAGAGUUUAUUAAACUGUUACGCCAAAAACAAGGAAGUGAACUACGCGGCUAGGUAUUAAGGAUACUGACUGACACGGAGGUAGCUUUUAUUCUAAGAGUAUACAUGAUGACACGGAAGACAUUUGCGCGCACGAGAGCACAUACUUAAUGAUACUAACUUAAACGGAGGAUACUCACAUGCACGAAGGAUACACUCUUACAUGGAGGUUUCAUAUUGGCAUGAAUGAUACUCUAAUACAGGGGGGGGGGGUCUUACUUUCACGGAGGAUACGUACUUGUGCAGAGGAUACUCACAUACACGGAGGAUACUUAUAUGCUAAGCGGAUACUUACUUUCACGGAGGACACACAUUUAUGGAAGAUACAUGCACGGAGAAAACUCGCUUGCACGAAUGAUAUUUACUAGCAAAAUUUCAAUGCAUGCAGCCUACCUUUUUGAUACACGGAAUAAGUUUAGACUGGGGAACACUGCUAUAACUCGGGGAAAAAGUUACAUAAUUUUUACUAUACAGUAGCAUCUGUAUACUUUAUUAUAUAAUUAUACAAUGUUAGCAGACACUUUCAUGAACACGCAUCUUAGUUGUUUUUUUUUCAUUUCAAAGCAUCAUACAGAGUAAUUCCAUCUAAUGUCAUAAAAAAAAGAAACUAACCCAAGAGUAAUCGAAAUAAAUUGAUAAAUAGAAAGUGUAUAAUAGCUGCUCUUUAUGAGCAAAUAUUCAAUAGAAAACAUACUGCUGUGAGUUUAUAUUGUUUGAAAUAUGCAGUUUGGACUUGAAACAGUAUUUAAUAACAUUGUGUGAUAAACAGAUGCACUUUUGUUGGAGAUACGACUACAGUAUUAUGUAAACAACGAGUAUUUCGCACUUAUUUAUUGUUUAAUUAUUUUAUAAAAUGAUUCUAUGUUUUGUUAUUAAACUUAAUAUACUUUAAACAAA